CACAUACGAAAGCGAUUAUGCUGGAAGGGCCCUGGGAGGACUUUAUGGACGGCCGGAGACGCUUCCUACGCGACCAGUGUCCCGUGGACGACUGCUACUUGUACAACAACUACAACGACGUCCAAAGGGGCACCGAGUUGGCCGCCGUUGUUUUCAGAGGCAGUUACAGUGGCCCUUCGUUAAGCUUCAAGAGGAAGCAGGUGUGGAUACUGCAUCUACUGGAGAACCCGCUGCACACCGAGUACAUCGUGGACGAGGGAAGAGGCAUCGAUUGGGUAGCCAGCUAUCGUACCGACUCGGAAAUCGUGACUCCGUACUCAAAAUUUGUGCUCUACGACCCACUAGUGAAGAGUAUCAGACGCGAUUACGACUACGUCCAAAACAAGACCAAGAUGGCCGCCUGGUUCGUAUCUAACUGCGAGACCAGCAACAAGCGCCUUGAGUACGCGCGCAAGCUCAGCGAGUACAUUGAGGUAGACGUCUACGGUGCGUGCGGGCCCCACGAGUGCACGCGGUCACAAGGCAAGACAUGCUACGAGUUGCUAGAUAAGGAUUACUUCUUCUAUCUGUCCUUCGAGAACGCCAACUGCAAAGACUACAUCACCGAGAAGUUCUUCAACGCCCUGAGACGCAACGUCGUUCCCGUGGUGAUGGGUGCUUCCCGUGAAGAGUACCAGGCCGCGGCUCCGUACCACUCGUACAUCCACGUGGACGACUUCGCGUCUCCCAAGGAGCUGGCCGAGUACCUCCGCCUGCUUAGAAGCAACCCGUCGCUAUACAACGAGUACUUCGAGUGGAAAGGCACUGGAGAGUUCGUCAACUCGUACUUCUGGUGCCGGCUGUGUGCCAUGUUGCACGCGCCGCCCCCGCCUCCGGAGACGCGUCGUACCAUGGAAGUGUACAGGUGGUGGAAGAACAAUGCCUGCUCGACGGUCGGCAGUUCACGCUGA